UAUUUAACGACACAAUUUUAUCGUUUCUUAUGUAUGCAAUCUUAACCCUUAAACGUUUACAGCAAAUGGUAACUCCAAGAGGCAAAGGAUUAGGUGGGACAACUUUGUUGAAUUAUUUUCUGUACGUGAGAGGAAACCGCCGUGAUUACGAUGGUUGGGAAAAACAGGGAGCGACUGGAUGGUCCUGGAAAGAUGUCUAUCCAUACUUUCUUAAAUCUGAAGGCAACACAGAUCCAAAAAUCGUUGCAGAUGGUACGAAUAAGAUUUGUAGAAAUAUCGAAAUGAAAUUUGUUCUCAGAGUAAAAAAAAAAUUAGUGAAUGUUGACUGUUAUCAUAACGCAAGUGGCCCUUUGACAAUUCAAAGUGCUCAAUGGAGCACUCCUUUGAUGGAAGCAUGGAAAAAGGCAGCUGCCGAACGUGGAUAUGAAUAUAGAGACAUUAAUGGCGAAAAACAAACCGGAUUUCAUAAACUACAAGGAUUUACAAGAAAUGGUCAAAGAUGCAGCACAUCCAAAGCGUUUUUAAUACCUGCGCAAGAUCGUCCAAAUUUAAACAUUGUUACUGAUUCUUUAGUCACAAAGAUAGACAAAAAUAAGAAUGCAUAUGGAGUAAAAUUUCAUAAAGAUGGUAAAGAUCAUGAAGUUUUUAUUAACAAAGAAGUUAUUGUGAGCGGAGGAACCAUAAAUUCUCCUCAACUUUUGAUGCUUUCAGGAAUUGGUCCCAGGAAACACCUCGAGGCAAAAGGAAUACCAGUAAUUGAAGAUUUACCUGUUGGAGACAAUUAUCAAGAUCAUGUAGGAACUUUUUUCUUAAAUUUUGAAGCAACGGGAUCCAAAGAUACACUACAGCAAUUAUUGAGCAAACCAAUUAGUAAUCUGGUUGAGUACAACACAAAAGGAACGGGACCUUAUGCAAGCCUCAACGGUAUAGAAGGUGCUGCUUGGGUUAACUCUAAAUUCAAUGAUCCAUCUCUUGAUUGGCCUGAUUUAGAGAUUCAUUUGGAAGCUUUCUCGGCCUCGUCUGGUACAGGAUUGAUGUCUGGCAAUUUCUUGGGUAUUCCGCAAAAAGUGAUCAAUCAGGUCUACCUUCCAUAUAAGGGAAAACAUACUUUCACGAUGUUCUCAUGCUUCCUGAGACCUUUCAGCAGAGGAACUGUAAGGCUUGCUACAUCAAAUCCUAAUGAUUAUCCUCUCAUAGAUCCUAACACUUUCGCAAACGCAAGCGACAUUGACCGAGUACAGGCAGUGUUGCAAGAAAAUGUGGAUAUUGUUACUAAAACGAAUGCUUUCAAGGAAAUUGGUGCAAAAUUAUUUGAAACGAAAUUUCCUGGAUGCGAACAAUUUGUAGCAAACAGUACGUACUAUUCUCCGGAGUACUUAAGAUGUAUAGCUGUGGGUUACACAUUCAAUCUGUACCGUCCAGUUGGUACAUGCAAAAUGGGAAGUGCCGAUGACAAAACUACAGUUGUCGAUCCACAGUUAAAGGUUAAAGGAAUAAGGAAUUUGCGAGUGGCAGAUGGAUCUAUCAUUCCGAAUCAGGUAUCUGGAAAUACUGAAGCACCCAUUGUCAUGAUUGGAGAGAAAUGUUCCGAUAUGAUCAAAGCUGACAAUCCUGAUCGGAAUAAUUGCUAACUAAGUGGCAGAGAAUGCUGUAAAAUUAAGUUUAAGCUUUUUGAUUUUAAUAUUUUACCUCUCUAUCAAAAAUUGUUUUUUUUUUCCUUU